AUGAAGGCCUCGCUCACGCUCAGGGAGGACCCGAAACCCCCAAUUAUCAAAGCCAAAAUCCCGCUAACCAUCUUCGGCCUCCCCUUCUCCACCGCCUCGGUCGCCGCCGGUGACCGCGACGAGCUUUGCAUCAGCUUCAACGGCGGGCUCGGUUGGACCGGCACCGGGAUACUCGGUUCCGUGACGGCGGAAUUCAGCUCCGUCGGCGGCGGAAGCCCCGAAUUUCUGCUUCACUUCAAGUCCAGAUCUGGAGAUUUUUACGUCCGGAGGUCAGUGAAGAGACCGAUUAUCGAUUUAUCUGCAUGUAGAUCCGAGUUUCCGAGGAUCCAAAACGCUGUCGUUUUGGGGGAGGAGAUGGGUUGGGACCGGCUGUUUUCCGGAGCGUGCGGGGCAUUAAGUGGUGGUGAGGUCCGGGCAAGGACUUCGGUGAUAGUUAGUCGGGCGGCGGUGAGGCUAGGGUGGAGCGUGAGGUUUCCGACGCCGCCGCCGGGCGACGGCGGCUGCUCUGGAGCUGGGUGCCUGCUGAAGAAGAUGCCGCAUUUGGUCCUCCGGCAAAUAGCCAUCGAGCACACGGCGGUGGACGCGGCGGUGAAGGGGGAAAAGGUGGUCCAAGAAAUCCGUUUGUACGACCAAAAGAUCUCAAAGAGGCUCACUCCCUUAGCAAUUCCCAAGAAAAAUCACGACGAAGAUGACGACGAUGUGAAUUCUUGGGCCGGGUCGGGUAGUUCGGGCUGGGCUUCCAUGCAUAGGGAGAUGCGGAGCUUUUGUGAAAAACUCAGAAAGAAAGUCGUGCAUGCUGUGUCGUUUUAG